GCCAGAAUUUUGCUUUCCUUUUCUCUUUUCUCUUUAUUAAAUGUCUCUAGGCAACCAUUAGAGUCUCGGACCGUACUCUUCAGUGUUCAGAAGCCGCGCUCAAGGUUGUCUUAUAGCAACUCGUCAGUUUCUACAACUAGUCCAGCCCUGAUCUAUUUCAGCAUGGGGGUCCAGACUGCAAAGGAAUUGGUACAUCUACAUCCUCAUCGAACCACAUGGUCGCUAUGAAACUCGGCACACGGUGUUUCUUGCGCUAGUUACCAAAUCUAUAUCAUUACCAUUACAUCUCACUCCAUCCCGUCUAUUUACCUUUGGGGUGGCAUCCAAUCGACUUUUACCCAGACGCCUGCCCUCGCUGCUUCAUUUUGAUCCUCAGAAGGCUGGCUUUUGGACAACUUGCAGUUUUGGCAUCGUCGCCAUGUUCUUUGUAGAAGGCAUUGCAACACUCGUAGAGUGCAUCUAUCUGUGCUUGACACUUCUCCUCCUUGUAAGAAUUUUUGCUCAGACACGCUUAGUAACAGUUAGCAAUCAAAUGUGUGGCCUGUGAGUGACCAUAGGAGACCUCACCCUGGAUAGCACACUAGUAAUCAUUAGUCCUGAGUCAAGUAUUGCUGUGCCACGGGAAUACUCACUGCUCGGGGAUGGCAUGGAGGGUCAUGAGCGAGAUCCUCUUGUAGUUGGCCCUGCA